AUGACUAUCCCUCUCAACGCCCCUGCCGUCACUGCCUCGGAGAUCCCCCGCCCCAAGGAUGUCGGUGUCCUCGCCAUGGAGGUCUACUUCCCCCGUCGUUGCAUCUCUGAGACCGAUCUCGAGGUGUUCGAUGGUGUCUCCAAGGGCAAAUACACCAUUGGUCUUGGUCAAGAGUACAUGGCCUGGCCAGAUGACCGCGAAGACAUCAACUCCUUCGCCCUGAAUGCUGUCUCUGGUCUCCUUGAAAAGUUCAACAUCGACCCCAAAUCCAUUGGACGCAUCGAUGUCGGCACUGAGACCAUCAUUGACAAGUCUAAAUCCGUCAAGACUACCAUCAUGGAUCUCUUCGCCGAGUCUGGCAACUUUGACAUCGAAGGUAUCGACUCCAAGAACGCCUGCUACGGUGGAACUGCCGCUCUUUUCAACGCCAUCAACUGGAUCGAGUCGAGUUCAUGGGACGGCCGCAACGCUAUCGUCGUUGCUGGAGACAUUGCUGUUUACGCUGAGGGACCCGCUCGCCCUGCUGGUGGUGCUGGCGCGUGUGCCAUUUUGAUUGGCCCUAACGCACCCAUCGUAUUUGACCCCGUCCACGGAAACUACAUGGCCAACACUUACGAUUUCUACAAGCCCCAACUCUCUUCUGAGUACCCUGAAGUCGAUGGCCCUGUUUCCGUCGUCACCUACGUCGCUGCUCUCGAUGCUGCCUAUACUGCCUACCGAGAGAAGCUCGCCAAGGUGGCUAAGCGCGCACACCUCAACGGAACCUCCACCGAAAAGCCCUCUGAAGUUCCCUUCUCGCUCGAGGAUGUCGACUACGCCAUCUUCCACAGCCCAUACGGCAAGCAGGCCGUCAAGGGACACGCCCGCAUGAUGUUCAACGACUUCCUCGCCAACCCCAAGGCUCCUCGCUUUGCCAACAUCCCCAACCCAGAUGCCUUCCUCUCCGCCACUCACGCUGCCUCCCUCACCGACAAGAACGUCGAGAAGGUCUUCAUCAACGCCUCGAAAGAGUCCUUUGCCACCAAGACCGACCCUGGAAUGGCUUGCUCAAGGCGCCUCGGCAACAUGUACACCGCUUCGCUCUACGGAUGCCUCGCCUCCCUGAUCGCCUCCGUUGAGCCCCAGACCCUCCUUGGCAAGCGCACCAGCUUGUUCUCCUUCGGAUCUGGUUGCGCCUCCAGUGUGUGGACCAUGAGGGUCAAGGGUGACACCACCGAAAUCCGCGACAAGAUGAACCUCCUUCCCCGCCUCGCUGCCAUGAAGGUCGUUCCUCCUUCUGAAUUCGUGCACGCUCUUUCUCUUCGCGAGAAGAACCACAAUGCGUCAGAUUACACCCCUGAAGGUUCCGUCGACGACAUCUGGCCCGGCGCCUACUACUUGGAACACGUUGACUCCAAGUUCCGCCGCAAAUACGUCCGCGCACCAUUGGCUUAA